CGAAAAAGUCGUUCAAGUGACCACUCCUCAAAGACUAGAAUUCGCAAGAAAAGUAAUUAUCCAAGAUGGCAAUUCCUCCAAGCAAUGGCAAGACGGUGCUAAUUACCGGCAUCAACGGUUAUAUCGCCAGUGUCCUGGGAUUGGCGCUGCUCGAGCGAGGAUACACACUUCGCGGCACUUCUCGACGAAUAGCAUCCUCGGAGCGACUUCUGAAAGGCCCAUAUGCGCCGUACGUAGACAGAGUCAAGAUCUACGAGGUCUCUGACAUGACAAUCGAUGGGGCAUUCGAUGAAGCUUCGAAAGGAGUCGAUGGCAUCUUCCACACCGCAUCACCGGUUGAUUUCUCCAUCACCACCUUCGAUGAGAUGGUCAUCCCUGCAGUGAGGGGAGCAGAAACAAUCCUCGCGUCAGCCCUGAAGGCAGGAUCUCAGUUGACGUCCAUUGUCAUUACCUCUUCAUUAAUCGCUGUGGUCGACCCCGUGGAAGGCGAGUAUGUCUUCACCGAGAAAGAUUACGCUACCUUUUCGCUGGAAAAGGCUCUGAAGGAUAAGGAGGUAGGGGUAUCAACUCCUGCGGGUGUAUUAUACGGAGCCAGCAAGACGGCUUCAGAUCGAGCUGUGUGGAAGUUCCGGGAUGCGCACAAGCCAAAAUUCUCCAUCUCAACAAUCAACCCCUCAGUCGUAAUGGGUCCUCCAAUAAUUCUCCCCUCUUCUGGCUCAAAGCUGAACGAGACUCUCCGUCCAAUCUGGGACAUCUUUUCCGGCGCCACCACCGAUGUGCCUCCCUACAUCGGAACCGGCUCCUUCGUCGACGUGCGGAACGUAGCUACUAUGCAUAUCUGGGCAUUUGAGAACGCAAAAAAGUCAGACGGGGAGCGGUAUCUCGGUGUCCAGGGAUUUGGGCCGAUGCAGGCUGCUGCUGAUAUUCUGAAUGAUGCGUACAAGGGGACGGAGAUUGGAGAGAAGAUUACCAAGGGAACACCAGGGGAGGGGUACGUGGGAUAUGAUAAGGAGACGGGGAAGGUGGAUACUAUUGGGCCUUUGCCUGGUGCGAGGAGGAUCAGUGGACAGAAAGCAGUUAAGGAAAUGGGGCUGCAGUAUAUUCCUUUCCAGCAGAGUAUCGUUGAUACGGCGAAGGCAUUGGAAGCUUUGACUUGACAUAGCUAGAAAACGAUGGAUUGUACAUAAAUAGUCGAAACCUUGUUUCUCAAUUCGAC